AUGCCAGCUAACGUCAUUACGCGCCCUACCCACAAACACCUCCCGGAAGUUAUGGUUCCCCCAAGGAGCCGUCGAGAGCCGCCCAAGGAGAUCACGGUGAGUCACGUGGAGGGCUUCUUGAACCACCGUGACAAGAAUAGGAAGACACUCAUAGCUCGACUCACCAAUCUCGCCCUUAUCCCUUGUCUAGGCACUCCAGACGUAAGCUUAAGUAAGAAAGGAGACGGAACAAAGGGGAAAGGGUCCGCAAAAGAACCCAGUAACCGCGAGAAUCUUGAAGGUCCAAGCACCCUCGAAUUUACGGACCAUGAGUCCGAAAGGCUUCAGUAUCUGGAGGCAGAGCUUGCCAAGGCCAAGGCCCUACAUAAGGACUUGUAUUACGAAACGCACAUAGGCCUAAAUGACAGGGAAGUAACGAAAAAGUGCAGAGAAAUCCGCAAGAGACGGGAGCAACUUGAUAAUGAGAUCUCGGAGAUGUACCGAAAUAGAAAUGUUCGCCGGAACUUCAGAUGGGGUGCUAACCAUCCUGAAGGAGUGACCAAUUGA